ACUGAAGUACUGCAGAAGAACAAGUACUGAUACUUCUACAUGAUACAGUGGCCAAUCAUAAAUUGCAAUUGUAGUGGUGAUAAUUAUAAAACUAAUAUUGCUUCAUAAAUGUCACUUGAUCUGACACUCUUCUCGAAUUAAACAGGUUAUAGAACUGGCACAUUCGAACGUUGCCGAAUUUUUUUUCUUGUUUUUUUCUGUCUGUUAUUGAUGAUGUGUGGUCGGUCGUGGUUAGUUUGGUACCAUUUACCAUGACCGCCACAAAACCAGGUUUGCUUAAUUUAGGCAUACUCAUAUUAAUGGCUCCACACUUCGGCGUUCUGUCGGAAUACUAUUAUCCCGAUACGCCACCGUAUCUGGCGGUACAUGAUGAUACGUUUCAACCGGAUGUGAUAUUGCGGGUCACGGCGGAUGUCAUCCAGCAGGAUUGCACCGCGCGGUACUCGGUGAUUAUUAAUGGCAGUAUACCGGCUCCAGAGUUACGCUUCAAGGAGGGCCAGAAAGUGUGGAUCCGGGUGUAUAACGAUAUGGACGACGAGAACGUGACAAUUCACUGGCACGGUCUAACACAGCGCAUGUCGCCCUUCUCAGACGGGACCCCGGCCGCCAGCCAAUGGCCAAUUCCACCCGCCCACUAUUUCGACUACGAAUUCCAGUUACGCCGCGGCGACGCCGGUACCUACUUCUACCACUCCCACGUCGCCUUCCAGGCCGUGACCGCCGGUGGCGCCCUCAUCAUCGACGAAGCCGACGGCAAACCGCCCUAGUACGACGAAGACCGGGUGAUCAUGUUCUCCGACGUCUUCCACCUCAACGACUCCUACAUCAUCCAGGGACUCCUCCAGAAACCCUUUCGCUGGAGCGGCGAGAUCAACAACGUGGCACUGAACGGCAAGAGCCGCGGCCCCAAUGCCACCGUAGCCCAAGCCAGUCCCAGUUGCGAACAAGCCGUGAUUGACAUCCAACCGGAUAAAGUGUACCGGUUCCGGUUCAUCGGGGCGGCGUCAUUAUCACAGGUGUUCGUGGCUUUUGAAGAGCACCUUAAUCUCGUCUUAAUUGAGGUUGACGGAAGGUACAUUUUACCGCAUGUCGUCGACCAUCUGGAAGUACACAGUGGGCAACGCUACAGCGCCAUCUUAUUCGCGAAAUCAGCGCAAGAACUGCGGCAGAGCAACGGCGGGUUAAAAAAUCGGUUCUGGAUCCAGAUGACCACACGAUCGCGACCUUUAGUGACAACCGCCUACGGGAUCCUUAGUUACGGUUUAUCGAACGGUCCGGUUGAUACGUUUUCGGUACCGCAGAGUGUACCGAUUAAUAUGCCGAACGAAACGUAUACGGAUGGCUGGUUAGAAGAUAAACUGAGAAAUUUAUACGAAGACCCGGAAGACACGUUUCCAACUUUACAAGAGGUCACCCGCCGGGUGACGGUGUAUAUCCAACAGGGAUGGACCAACGGGACCGCCGGGUUCGUCUCCUGGUAUCAGAAUCAUUAUCCCUGGUUUGAGAACUUCCCGAAAGAACCGUAUCUAGUCUCUUUGUAUAAAAACGAGACCCGGUACUUCCCGAAUUACGGGCGCGCCAUGGACAACGAUGGUUUCGACCCGGUGACCCGCACCUUCCCCGCCCGCAUCGGGGAGGUACUGGAGAUCGUCUGGAUGAAUCUCGGCAACAAUUUCACCGGGGUCGUGGAGACCCACCCGAUGCACGUACACGGGGACCACUUUUGGGACGCCGGAACCGGCAGCGGGAAUUACGACCCGGUGGCCAAUGAGGCCAAACUGCAGAAACGCAGGGGACGAUUUCUGAUGCGGGACACAUCGAAUCUGUAUCGGACGCCGCUGGCGACACAGACGCUGGGUCCCGGGGCAGUGUAUAGUUGGCGGGCAAUGCGCAUCCGGGUGCGGAAUCCGGGAGUGUGGAUGCUGCAUUGUCAUAUUCUGCAGCAUAUGGUCAUGGGUAUGCAGACCGUGUGGGUGUUCGGGGAGGAAAAAGAUCUGACGCCGGUACCCAAGCAUCUGGUGCAGGGAUACCUGACGUAUGGCGGAUCAGCGUACGGGAACAAAGAUGUCGCUCCCAGAGUAUUACACUACUGGCACAAUUAAUAAAAGGCCUGAAAACGGAAGUAUUUCGUUAUUUACUUUUCGGCAUUAUUCUGAAUUGUGAUUUACAAUUUAAUUUUUGGAUUCAUGAUUGUGAUCAGGAGGAGGUUCCACUAAGGCACUAACUAAGUAACUAAGAAUAAUUCAGUUUAUUAUCUACAAAAGGUUCUGUACAUCGCCUGUAACACUCAA